CACAAGAAUCCCAUUGAGGAAAGAAAACCCUUUUCUGGUUCUUUGGUCUUCUUUUCGAAAGAGAAUGCGUGGAAGAGAGGAGGAUGACAGCAGCAGCUCUCUGCGGCCUCCGGGUAUUUGCCGACGGUUGUUUAGAUUUGUGGUGGCUAAACUAGGGAUAUUAGGAGAAAAGGAGAUGAAUGAAGAUAAGAGCGAGAGGAACAAACUGAUCAAGAAGGGAUCACGAUCUGAUAUCACUAUUCAUUUCAAGCAAAUAGAAGACUCUGAGGAUGACGGCAAACGCAAGAACAAUUCCCCUGGCUCGUCAAGCCAAGAAUCAGAGAGAGAGACAGUGAUCACACUGGCUAAUGGUAGUCACGGCCCAAAGAAGAGGUUACAUGACAAGGGGAAGAAGAGCAUGCAGAGUGUGCCGAGCCCUAAGCAACAAAUCACUCAGCCUGAAGCAGGGAAACCACCGCAGCCUCAUCGACGUCUGAGGCCCCUUCUAAAUGACAUAAAUAAGAAAUCCGAUGCUUUUAUUGAGAGCACACUCGAGAAGAUGAGAAGAAGCUUAGCCUAGAACCAAAUUACAUGAAGAAGAACCAAUAGACACUGGGAU